GCGCCUCAGCUCUGUCUCCUCCCCUCUCCCGCCCAGGCGGCUCUCCCACGGCGAGCCAACUCUGCGCACUUUGCCCCUUCUUGGCAGCGAAUAAAAGGGGUCUUGGGAAAUACGGGUGUCGGUCACCCACUGCCAGCUCUAGCCUUUAAAUCCCCAGCCCGGGAAGAUCCACGCACAGCGGCUCGGAGCCCGACACGGAUCCCGCGCCUACAGCGCAGAAGAGGUUCCAAGAGCAGCGCCGCGGGUCACCGCGCACAGGCCGGCUUGGUAACCGAAUUCCGCCCGGUGUGCGGGCUGUCCGGAGCCGCGCUCUGCCGUCUCAGCCGCGGGCAAGUGCUCCCAGCAUCAGAGAGCCCAGAUGCCGGCCCACUUGCUGCAAGAGGAGAUCUCUAGCUCCUACACUACCACCACCACCAUCACCGCACCUUCCUCCAGGAUCCUGCAGAAUGGAGGCGGCAAGUUGGAGAAGCCUUCUCUGUACUUGGAAGGAGACAUCCGCCCUGAAAUGAAAGACGACAUCUAUGACCCAAGCUACAAAGAUCCAGAGGGCCCAAAGCCCAAGGUUGAGUAUGUUUGGAGAAACAUCAUCCUUAUGUUUCUGCUGCACGUGGGAGCCCUGUACGGGAUCACGCUGGUUCCCACCUGCAAGACCUACACCUGGAUCUGGGGAUUCCUCUACUAUUUGCUCAGUGCUCUGGGCAUAACAGCAGGAGCUCAUCGCCUGUGGAGUCACCGGACUUACAAAGCUCGGCUGCCCCUGAGGCUCUUCCUGAUCAUUGCCAACACGAUGGCCUUCCAGAACGACGUGUAUGAAUGGGCCCGAGAUCACCGUGCCCACCACAAGUUUUCAGAAACGCAUGCCGAUCCUCACAAUUCCCGGCGUGGUUUUUUCUUCUCUCACGUGGGUUGGCUGCUUGUGCGCAAACACCCAGCUGUCAAGGAGAAGGGUGGUUUGCUAGACUUGUCUGACCUCAAGGCUGAGAAGCUGGUGAUGUUCCAGAGAAGGUACUACAAAUCCGGCAUUCUGCUGAUGUGCUUUAUCCUGCCCACCUUUGUGCCCUGCUAUUGCUGGGGCGAGACCUUUCAGCACAGCUUAUUCGUCGCCACUCUGUUGCGUUACGCCAUCGUGCUCAACGCCACGUGGCUGGUGAACAGCGCUGCCCACCUGUAUGGAUACCGCCCUUAUGACAAGAACAUUAACCCCCGAGAGAACAUCCUGGUGUCCCUGGGAGCUGUAGGGGAGGGCUUCCACAACUACCACCACUCCUUCCCCUACGACUACUCUGCCAGCGAGUACCGCUGGCACAUCAACUUCACCACCUUCUUUAUUGAUUGCAUGGCUGCCCUCGGUCUCGCUUACGACCGGAAGAGAGUAUCCAAGGCUGCUGUCUUGGCCAGGAUUAAAAGAACUGGAGACGGAAGCUACAAGAGUGGCUGAGUUUGGGGUCCCUCGGGUUCCUUUUCCAAAAGCCAGCCAGGCACAGGUUUAAUGUUCUGUUUAUUAACUACUGAAUAAUGCUACCAGGAUGCUAAAGAUGAUGAUGUUAACCCGUUCCAAUACAGUAUUCCUUUAAAAUUGAAAGCCAACAACUCUGCCUUCAUGAUGCUAAGCCGAGAUUCUUAGUUCUUCUCUUAUCCUCUCUCUCUUCUAGUCCGUUGUCCUUUUCUCUGUUUGGUUCUUAACCACCUUCCUUUUUCUCCUUGCUCAUUGCCUCCCAGGCAAGCAGCUGGUCAUUCGUGGGUGGGUGUCCAGCUUCCACAGCCUAGACAACCUUUCUGUAGUCCAGAAUCAGUGGUCUUUGCCCCACAUAACUCUUUCCUUGAGCUGUCCUGAGCUUUAGGGUGGGUGGCUCAUGCUAGAGGUAUGAGAACAUACCUUCUGGGAAGGCCCAUGUUAAUUAUCUUCAGCUCAGGCUUUUGCAAGUUGGAAUGGAAAAUAACUUUAUUUGGCACAAAGCUUCUAAAGCAGAUAAACCGGCAGGGGAGAGAGUUCGCGUGCAUGGUAUGAUUGAGAGGUAAAGAUGGGGUGAGGUGGGAAGCAAGGCAAGGAGCUCCUGCUGGGAUUGGACACAUAUGGUUGCUUGCCUAGUGAGGACUUGGAGCACCACCAGACGGCAUGCCUCCUUUCUCUCCUGACUCUGACUAGGGAAUGGCCAUAGAGCCCAGCAAUGCUAGAACACAAAAGCAAAUCUCAAUGUCCCAGUGUAGUUUAGGUUGGAGAUAAAGAAGCAGCAUCUAGUUUGUAGUAAAAGUGGUCUCUCCUGGGGAAGGAUUUUUUUUUUUUUUCUUGAAUAACAGGAAGAUUUCUUAUUCCAUAUGACAAGAAAUCUUGAGGUUGGUUGUUUCCAGAAUUAGAGAAUCUAGCAGAUCACGGAAUCAUCAAAAUUCUUUCAUCUUUCUGCUCUGCCAUCUUCAGGCCAUCAGUCAUCUCCCAUCAUGGUAAUAAGGUGGCUGAAGCGUUUCCAGACAUCCAAAAAAGGAAUGUGUUUGUGGCAUAGUGGUGAGCAUAGCUGUCUUCCAAAAAAGGAAGGCUUUUAAGCGGUGGAGUUGGGUCCAACAUCAAAAUAUAUAUACAUACACACUCUGCUUGGAACGUUCAAGUAAUUCACUUAGGGUAUUUCCCUCUGAAAGAGGGGUGCUUGAAGAGGAGAAAUGAGGUGGGUUGUCUACUCUCCUCUCACUGCUGGACAGGAGAUGGAGAGGUUCAGGGCUAGGUCUGUUGGCAGUUCCUAAGAGAUGACUUUACAAAAGAAGGGCUCUGAGAACACAUUGCCAGGGGAUUCAGAAGGUUACUACUGAGUACGUCAUUGGGUGUCCUGAUUUAGAAGCUGGUUAUACAAACAAAUUAAAUGUUAUGUUCAUUCAUUCAUUCAUUCCAGUUUCUCCUUGGAAUGAGUACAAACUAGAAGGCUUCUCCCUGCAGUGCUGAACCAUUUCUCCCAGUCCUUCUCAGUUAACUUUUAGCGUAAAGUGUAGGACUGCCUGGGGGGCGAGGUAGGAAUCUCUUAAUUACUGUGGGUUUUGAUUCCUGGCUCUACCCUAUAUGUGCAUCCCUCCCUCCCUGGUUCUAUCUCCUCCCUGAUGUUUUCUUCUCUCUCUGGACAGGAAGCCUCCUCUGUGUGUACUCGGAGGUAGUGAUGGUUCUUGCUCACCAGGCAGCUCCCUCUCCUGCAGACAGAACGCUCAGGGUCACUGAACCACUGUUUCUCUUUAUAAAGCUCGCCGCCACUUUCACUUGGCCUCCAGAGGACCUCCACCUACACCCCUGAGCUCCCCUGCCACACUGAUGACUCAAGAAGAGGCUGGCAAACCUUACUAGAAACAUCCCUGGCUGAGGUACUCUCAUGAGGCACAACCAGGCCAGAGGCUUGGAUUGUGCCAGUGAGGCAGCCAUGGAGCAAGAAAGGGGUUUGUUUUUAGCCUCCUCUGUCUCACUCAGUACGCCUGCUCAGCCCAAGUCCGUGCUCUCAGCGGACAGUGCAAUGCUUGUAGAAGUAGGAGGGAGCCUAGUCUUCACUGGGAAGCACAAGAAGCAAAGGAAAGUUCCAAAGUGCCUCAUGCAAAAGGAGGCCCUGUUCCCUGGAGUCGGGCUGUAUUGCAAAGCCCGAGACCUGGGAUCUGAAAUGCCAUGAACUUUGCUGAACAGCAUCUCUGUUUGGCAAGCCAACCAGCAUUCCCCACCACACAGCCUAGGGCCACAGCCAGGGUAAUGUAGAAGAGGUCUGAAGAAAGCAUCAGUGUUUUGAGAACCUUGGACUACCCCUGUCCCUGUACCUCAGUCAUCAAUGCAAAAGCCUGGCUUUACUCUCUGAAAGAUUGGAAAUGUACAAUACCAAAUGCUCUCUGUGCUGUUGAGCCCCAGUAGUGGAAGGGAAGAGGGCCUUUCUUCCUGUAUGUAUUGAAUAGACAGAGGCUACAAGGGUUCACUGGACUAAAGGCAUCCACACCUUUAGAGCUGUUCUCUCAGUAGAAAAGACUCUAAUGGAACAUCACUGUAGUUCAGAUCUGCUGGCUUGUGGACUUAGCCCUUGGAAAUAAAUGCCUGUUGGGUAGUUUCAAUUCGACAGGUUAUCAGAUGCCUGCUUUAUAAUUUUGGACCAAAACCAAGUCUGUCUUUCUAUUCUAAUCCUGUCCCAGGGAUCUGGUCCGUACCAUGACCCUACACAAGGCUGGACAGGGUCCUCAGGCUGAGGGCCCCUCCGUAUAGGAGAAUGUGGAGGUAGAGGGGUGUCUGCUAAGUAAGGAAAACUUGUCUUCAAGAUUUUAAAGCUGAGUUCAGUUGACACAUUAAUGAUCCAGAAACUCAAGUCUGAAUUUCUAACAGUCCUUGCUUUGUGGGUGUGUCGACAACUUAUUUGGGUGCCUUACAUCUUUUCUAAUCAGUGUUGCAUAUGAGCCUGCUCUCACUCCCUCCUCCCUCCCUCCAUGGAGUUCCUUUGCACCUGAGACCCUGCAGAAGUGGCUGGUAGAAGAGGGGGCCUGGCUGGAGAAUUAUCAGUGUAGCUGUUCACAGGAUUCCCUUCUGGGCUUCAUUUUGGAAACUUUUCUUAGGGCUGUUUUUAUUAAGUGCCCACAUUUGAUGGAGGGUGGAAGUAAUCUGAAUGUAUUUGAUUUAUGAUAUUUUUUAGAUUAAAAGAUGGUUGUAGCAUUUAAAAUGGAAACUUUUUCUCCUUGGUUUGCUAGUAACCUGAGUGUAUUCUCUGUAAGUAUAGCUCAAAUGGGUCAGCGUGAAAGGUCAAAGAAAGCAAGGUGUCCACGUGACGCGGGUAGUUAAGGCCAGCGCCUCUCCUACCACUGUGCCACUGACUUGCUGUGUGACCCUGGGCAAGUCACUUAACUAUAAUGUGCCUCAGUUUUCCUUCUGUUAAAAUGGGAUAAUAAUACUGACCUACCUCACAGGGCAGUUUUGAGGCGUGACUAAUGCUUUUUAUAAAGCAUUUUGGGAUCCUUCAGCAGAGGAAUUCUUUUAAGUCCUGAGUAUUUUUAUAGUAGCAGUAUCCACCGUGAACUUGUGUCCACCAUGAACCGUGCGUCCCGGAUGCUAUCAUUAAUCGAUAUGAUUUUCUCUGAGAGAUUGGAUAAAUCCAUUGGAUAAGUGGUGGAUAACUAGCCAGACAAAAUUUGAGAAUGCAUAAACUUAUUGCCAUGGAAACGAUACACAGGAUACCUUUUCCUAGAUUGGGUGGGAUUUUUUCCCCUUUUAUGUGGGAUAGUAGUUAUUUGUGACCUAAGGAUAAUUUUGGAAUAAUUUCUAUUAAUAUCAACUCUGAAGCUUAGUUGUACUGAUCUGAAAUUGUGUUUGUUCAUAAUAAAAGUGAAGUGAAUCUGA